CGAUGCGCCCGCAGCGCCGCAGCCUGCCCGCCCGGCCCGGAGCGGCCGCCUUUGUGGAGCCGGGAGCCGCGAGCACAAGAGGAGCUAGCGAGGAGGUUAAAGGAACCCCACCAAGCUCGAGUUGAUGUUUGAGAAGUUCGGGUGCGGGAGAGUCUGGAAUUUUGGCUUCUUGGAGAAACAGUAGAAAAUGCAAAACGAAAUAAUAAAGCCUGCUAAAUACUUCUCAGAAGUGGAGAAGAGUGUGCUGCUUGCAUUAGUUGAAAAAUACAAAUACGUGCUUGAAUGUAAAAAAAGUGAUGCAAGAACUAUUGCUCUGAAACAACGCACCUGGCAAGCCCUGGCUCAUGAAUAUAACUCGCAGCCCAGUGUGUCACUGCGAGACUUCAAACAGUUAAAGAAAUGCUGGGAAAAUAUCAAGGCACGGACAAAAAAGAUAAUGGCACAUGAAAGGCGGGAGAAGGUAAAAAGAAGUAUUAGUCCACUUAUAAAUACUCACAUCGUAGGGAAAGAGAAGACUGGAAGCAUAAUGCCUGAGCAAAUGUACUUUUUGCAGAGCCCACCAGAAGAAGACUCUGAAUAUCAGCCUGAUGCUUCCAGUCAAGAGUCAUUUGUUGUGUCAAAUAGAGAACUUUGUGAUGAAGACAAAGAGCUGGUACAUUUUCCAGUAUGUGAAGGCACCUCCCAGCCUGAGCCUUCGUGUUCUGAUGUCAGAAUAGCAGCAGAUAAGAACUACAGAAGUAAAGCAUCUCAGGAAAGUGCUCUGAAAAAGAUGCACGAGGAAGAGCAUCAUCAGCAAAUGUCGAUUUUGCAACUCCAGUUAAUCCAAAUGAAUGAAGUUCAUGUGGCAAAGAUACAGCAAAUAGAAAGAGAGUGUGAGAUGGCUGAAGAAGAACACAGGAUAAAAAUGGAAGUGCUAAAUAAAAAGAAAAUGUAUUGGGAGAGAAAACUGCAGACCAUUACAAAAGAAUGGCCUGUAUCAUCCUAUAACAGACCCUUUCCUAAUUCACCUUAGAACAUGGAAGGGCAGAGAGUCAGUCUGAUUUAGCACAUUUAUGAGUAACACACACUGGAAGGAGGGUUUUCUACUGUGAAUGUACAGUGACAGGAUAGGUGCCUGGCUGAUAGUGAACACACUAUGACUCUUAAUGCUUAGGGAAACAGUAUAGUUCACCAAGAGGAAAACUAUUGUUUAUUUGUAGGUAGUUCUGAUUUGUUUAACUCACAGACAUGCACAGUGUUCUAAAAUCUCAAUGUAUUUUCUCCUCUCAGAACACCCUUAAUCCUUGUGAAGUUUAAGGUACUCUGGGUAUUCUUACAUUGGGAGUUCUUAAGAAAACUUAACAGCUUUGAACACCAGGCUGUAGUGUUCAUUUUGAUUUCUAUCUCUUCCUAUCUGCCAUUUCCCAAAUGAAGGCAAGGAAGGCAAGCGUUGGAGUUGCUCUCUGCUAUUGAGACAAAAGGUGAUGGACAGCUAUUAGCUGGAUCAUUAUGCUGAAGCUUAGGGAAAACAAACUAGUUAAUACAGUCCAUAACUUAUUUUUCAUAGAAGAUGUGAAGAUGAAGGAUGUAGCAAGAGGGCCACUGCAGUAACAGCCCUCUCCUGAGGAACAGUAAUAUUUCCCAGCUGUCUGGCUGACUAAGAGGAUGGUUGUGGAAUGGCCCUCCACUUGUUUGAGCCUUGACACUUGAGAAGUUAAAAAGAAGGUGACCUCUUCCUCAAAAGCUGCUGUGCUUGUUCUUUCAUUUCCAGGCCCAUCUUGUAUUGAAGUAAACAGGAGGGUCACAUGCUGCUGCCAGCACUGUGUGCUGUUCACCUGAAGUCAUUCUGAGGGGAAGAGCUUUUUAAGAAUUCAUAAAGCUCUCAAAAUGCAGUGAGCCAGCCAGUCCAUUGGCAAAGUCUCCCUCUAUUUUCCUAUGCAAUACUCGAUGGUGUAGCAGCUAGCUUGAUUAUUUCUCCUUAGCUAGAAGAAAAGACUAAGACUCACCCUCUUUUCCUUCUCAUAGGGUGGGAAGCAGCUCAAGGGAAUCAUUCUUGUCCUGAAGCACUGUUCUGUUUUGUUCUGUUCUGUCCUGUGCAUUAUGGUGGUGUGUUUCUUGCCUUUGCUGUCAGUGAGGGGUGAUGGACGUGGCUUGUAUGAAGGCAUUCACAUGAAAGUCCCCACAGAUUUUGGAUGUCCAGAAUGGUAGAUAGUUGGAAAGCACAAAUAAAAAUAAUCUUUACCCUGGCAAUCAUUUGUUCUAGUGGGACAAGAGUUAAAAAAAUGUGAAAUGCAGAACCCCACAAGGAUUCAUAAGAACUUCUGGUGUUUGAAAACCUGUUUUACAGGAAGGUGUACAACCAUCAUUUGAAGCAGUGAGAAAAAUAAACAAAACCAUAAAUUUUCAUUGAAAAAUCUGAGUAUCACAUUAUUCAAUAAAGUAUUUUCAGAUCGUGACUCCUGAGGGCGAGUCCCUACUGUGAGCAAUGUGUUCAAAGCAGAGUAUGUUGCAAGGCAUACAUUCCCAGUUACACUUCUAUCUCUUUCCCUGGAUAUCGUUUCUGGUGGAGUGAGUUCCUUUUGGUUUUGUUUCAGAUUGUGUAGGGUUCUCUGUGUGUCUGUGUGUGCAUGUGUGUGUGGUUUUUUUGACCUGCUUUCACUGCUGGUGAUUCAUCUUUGUUAGCACUGCCAUUAUCAACCACAGGACUGGCUGUGGUUACCAGUGUGGUACCUGUGCUACUUCCUUAAAUGUGCUAAAACCAGCAGUCACAAUGGGAGCUAUUUAUUACAACUCAUUUUAUAUGACAGAGAAAAGAAAUAUGCUGGGCUGCUGCAAGAUAAAAAAAUAGGGCCUGGGUGAAAUCUGAAGACAGACCUUUUUGACCACAAACUCAAUAUUCUUAUAAUUUGGCUGUGUGAAGAAAGUGCAGGAAUUCCAAAGAAGGAUGUUGUUAUGGGCACUUCUAUUUUUCUGCUGGAUGAAAACACUUUUGGAAGGUAUAAUAACAGUAGAGGCAAAAGAAAAGUAAACAGAAGUGAGGACCUUGUUCUGAGAUUGCAUUCUAUGGUUGGAAGAUGAGUCAGUUAUUUGACUGGUUGUGACAAUUGUUCAGGCACCAUCCAGAAAAAAAAAGGAUAGGAAAGACAUUUGUCUUAACCAGUUAAGACAUUUGUCUUAACCUUCUGCACUCGUUCUAAGUGAAAGUAAAUGAAAACCAGGUGUUAGAAGGUAAUGAAUGGAGACAAUUUCACCACUGUGAAAAGGGCAAGAAUAGAGAGACAGUCCAGGUCUAGAUAGCCCUGUGAAAAUUGUGAAAUAGAGAGGAUCUCACAGAAUGUGAGCUAAGGGUAGCUUGAACUUCUGGAAGCUAUAUGAUUGCUCAUGAAAGAUUCUUUUAUAUUUAAAAAUUCUUUAAAAUAAGCAUGUUUUCAAACUGUGCUAAGUGGACAAUACCUUGCUUCUUGGUAUAUCUUCUUAUUCUGAGACCAAAAGUUACAGUUCUUAGGCUGAACAAUAGACCCUUUUAAUUCAGGUUCUAUUUAAAAGAAAGAUCAUAAGUGAAAGAUUAGAAAGAGCCAAGAUGAAGGUAUGAAAGAAAGAACGAUCAUUACUUGCAUAGGGGAAGAAUGGGAAUGUUACACCUAACAUAAAUUAUGCAAGUAGGUUUUGUGGUAAGGACAAUAGGUCGUUCACAGGUGACACAGGCUCUUGCUUUCCCAUUUGUAGUUGACUGUUGAUGUAAAAUUGGGUGAUAAGCACAGAAAAAUGUAAAAGAUCAUCAGGAGAAAGUAAUGUAUCUGCUUGCCAUGCUUUGGCUUUUUAAAGUGAUCAAUGUGAUGGAAUUGAAAUUACUUGAGAAAUUACUUUUACCUUUGUUGUUGUUGCAAUUACUCCCUCUGGUAAUAGAGCUUAUCUUUUCUUAUGUUUGACUUUUCCUAUGUGUAAUGUAGCCAUUUCAGACAAUAUGUCCAUUUAUUUCUCUCCCCUUUUUUCUAGCUUAGAUCAUUCAAACACUUUCACAUAAUUGUGGUUUUCUGUUAACCAUUUGGCCAAGGAAUAUAUGCCUAUUCUCUAGGUUUUUCCACAGGUAGAAUACAGCAGUAUUUGAAGAGGAAUAUGCCUGUUCUUUUCUGGAUUUGGUAUAACACUUUUUGUCAAGAAUGAACUUAAAAGUUGCACAGGGCAAAAUGAUCCCUUCUUAACUUCAUACAAAGCAUGCGUACCAGAUACUAAUGGCCAUUGUUCUCAGCUGCUGUAUUCUUAUGAAGGAAAACAAUGGCCUUCUAGACAAGGUGUGUGAGUUCCUUUAUGCUCCCCGAAUUAACAUGAACCUAGCUCCAGGUGCUGUCUUUCCUUGGAGGUAAUCUAAUUUCUUGCCUAGUAUAAAUUUUUCAUGUCUUGACUUUUUUUUCCUCUUGCAUUUUUUCCUUAUGUUUCUGUUCACCCUUAGUUUUUUAACCAGCAAUAUGAGCAGGGGGUUUCCUUCCGGGACAUGUGUUUUCCUUUUUCCUUCCUCUUGCCCAGACUGCCCAUAUCACAGCAUUUGAACGUGAAUGGGUGCUCACCUUCCCUUUCCACAGAAAGCAUGGUUAGUUGCCUUUUCCACGCAGCUGCCAGUACAUUCUGGACUCUGCAUGCAGGCUAGGAAACAUAUUAGAGGGUUUUGAGGUUAGUAUUGAAAAAUGGGGAGGAGCACUUCAUUCCAGCUCCGUGUAAUUUGGGAGGACAGUCUGUGACCACGAAGUCAUUCAUUGGGACCAGAGCUAAUGCAGGGUGCUGAAGCUGUGUAAUUGAUUUUGAUUAUUCCUAGAUCUUUGGGGUUCUGCAGAAGUUAGGUUUGAGGUUUCCUGGUAAAAAACGUUCUUCUUCCUCGGAGAAGCCUCAGUGGAAUCCUUUCACAGCUUCCUCAAAUGAAAGCUCUCAUCUCGACAAACAACCUGUCCUGACAUCUAUUCUAUUUCUUUCAAUGCCCAGGCUGCUUUAUCACCAGAGCAAGGGAGCUUGCUGCUUGCCACAAAUCCUCUCUCUGAAGCUCCUUCCUAGGCUGCAGAGAUGUGUUUAGGCAGGGCUGAAAGCACAGCCCUUCCCAGGCACUGCUCAGAGAAGCGAUCCUUACAGAGCAGGUGCAUCUGGUGUGGCUGAGCUCAGCCCUAAGAUUUUGGGCUCAGUACUCAGACUUUGAACUAUUGCUACUCAGGGUUGCAAUAUUCCCAUUGCGGCUCUGUGGCCAGAGAGAGGGGUGGCUCAGGGCUGCCUUUUUCUGAGCAUAUAGUGCAGCUGAGGAUGUUGUGCCGAAUUUUGUGUAAUGAGCAUUCACCUCUGUGUGCUUCCAAUACCAAACUUUAGCAGUCUCCCAAGUAUUUGUACGAUUGCAUAGGUGUUUUCAAUGAUCUUUUGCAGAUUUUUUUUCUGGUUGUAGUUAGAGCGGCUUUUAUAUGUUCUUUUCCUUCUUCCCUACUUGCAUUAUAAUGUUCCAGUUUUGUUCUGAAUCUCUGUGGUUACAGUGUGUACAACCACACAUUCAUGUAGUAUCUUGUAGCAUCAUGUUUUCAAGUAUUUUUCUCAUUAUGACAUUGAAAUAAUAAACUGCUACACAUUUGUAUUUUGCUACUCUGUGGGUAGAGGAAUUACAUGUAAAUCUUAAAAUAACAUCUAAUUGAUUUUUUUUUUCCAGGCAAGUCCCCCACAGGUAGUCCUGUGAUUUCAUAUUUUGAGCUAGCUUUCUAUUAUUGAAAGUCUGAUGUACCUUAGUUGCUUUCAUAAGAUAAUUACCUGUCUUCCCACUUUAUUUUUCUGUUUCUUCUCAAGACAAUUGACUGUAUAUUCACACAUCAUCACUCUCCCUGAAUUUUGUACAUUUGACAAAAAGAAACAUGACCAUUGGUUGCCCUCUAUAAGAAUAGGAUAAUAUGUUUUCCAGUGAAAGCAAGCAGUAGCCUCUGUUUCUGGUAUCACAGACUGACUUCUGUGCUGAUGCUCAGCUUGAUUCGCUGAUAUCUAAAUAAGGUGCACAUAGAAAUGUGGACAGAUUGCUGGACCUAAAACUAGAGCUAUAAAAUAGAAAUGUACUAACUGAGGCUCUGAAAAUUUUAUUGUUCUGAUGGUGAAGGGAUUAGGCAUCUGACAACACCAUCAAUCAUAUUAACAAUAAAUUAAAAACUUGCAAAGUCAAAAAGAAAAAAGGCUGGUUUUCAGAAUGAGUCAAAGUGAAGACAGCUUUUAGCUGUCCCAAGAGGUAAUGUUGUCACACAUGUGAAACAAUUUCCCCUCAUGGUCUUCACUUCUCUUUCCUUCGAGACUCUGGACACUUCUAUCAUAGCAUUCACAAGAGCCUGACAAUAAGAAAAGUAGCCACUUCCAAGUAGGAAUCCCACCAGAGUUAUUAGACCUCACUCUUUGCAAAACUGAAGUUGGACAGUUUUCCAAGACUACAUUAUCCAGACACACAUGCACACGCACUGUGGAAAGCCACGUGAAAUCUGUCCAGCACACAGUCUGCCAAAUGGCAUAGGAUAUGGAAAGGUUGCAAGGAAAGGUAUAGCAAGGAAAAGGAAAAGGUUGUCCACUUCAUGGCUGUGGGUUGUAAAACUAUUGUAUUCAGGAGAGUGUGUGGAUGAAUCUCACCAGACGGUCAACCUCUCUAAGAAUCAAGAAGUAUUUUUGCCAAGUCUUUAAUCUAUCAAGACAGCCACACAAAAAACCAUAAAAUGAACAACAAGGAAAAAAAAGUUAAAAAUUAAGCACUCAAAUAGCUAGAAGCAAUCUGUUCCCUUCUUGAUGAAGAGCUGGUUAGAUACAAGCUCUACACUAGACACAUAUGUAUUUAGGGAAACAAGUCUCUGUUUUAACAGAAAUAAGUCAAGAUAGAUUUGCAGAUUGUCCUUAUUUUAUUUAGGUGAGUUUUUAAAAUGUUGAUUAAGAUUGUUUCUUUUUCUUUUGUUGUUCAGUCCAGCUUCAGAAUAGUUAUGUGCUUCAGUCUCUAACCAGCUGUUAGAGCACUUCAUUUAUCAAAUUUGUUUGGCAAGAGAGUUGAAGUGGGUUUGUAUUCAGCACAAUUUGAGAUUAAUUGUAUUCCGCAAAUCUCCAGAUAUUCCUUCUCAGCAGUAAGAGGCUGUUCUUGGAGAGACCUGAACCUGAAACAGGAAUUAUAUGCCUAUUUAGUAGUAAUUUAUUUUUAUAUGGCACUUACAAGUUGUCAUAAGAGUUGCUCAAGCUCUGUCCAUUAUUUGGUCAUGUGCAGAUCCCUUUUCUUUUCUUUGAGUUAUGCCCUGAAAUUAUGUACUAAGCCACAAAUGGACCAGCUGAGUUGCCCAUAUAAAACCCUGUCACACUUUCUGUGUCACACUAUAAUGUGGGGAGGGGGAGGAAUCCUGCUUCUGGUAAAUUGUGGAGUUUUGAAAUUUGACCUGUUACUCUCACCAAAACUUUGUCAAAAACUGUUUUGUUCUGUUAGACACCUACAUGGUCCCACUGAUCACUCCUUCAGCCCAGUGAAUUGCUUGGCUUUUUAACUGUUUGAGUUCUAAUCCCAAGGACUGUGGGAAGUCUGAAUUGACACACACAACAUAAAUUCCAUUUAUUUGAAAAAGGUUUUGUAAAUACUGAGAUUCUAAAAAGUGCAAAUUAGGAGGUGAUGUGAUGAAUUUGGUAUUUAAACCACGGCAGAAAUUUUGGCAUGUUGGGAGUUAUCACCGCUGACCUAAUAGUGAGGUUCAACCUCUGCUUUGGGAACAAUAAUAUCCAAUACAAAUAUAACCUUACCUCCAACUUUCUGUCUCAAAUGAAGCAUAAUGAGAAGUCCUUGCCAAAUAAAGCAACGCUGGUUUCCAAAAUGCACUUAAUUUGCUUUCAAUUGCUGGCCUGCAGGAGGGCUCUGAGGCUGGAAUGGGCGUUAAGUUGCACUCUGUUGGUGGCUGAGAGCAUAAGUCUUCCCCUGCUGAUUUUAUCCUGUUCAGCUCAAAUGCAGUACUCCUGCUGGGGUAUACUUAGCCACAUGGUGGUGCCAGUUCAACCAUGGCAAGGUGCUCACAUUCUCAAGUUGUCUGGCAUCUUUUUCAGUUACCAAAUCAGCGGUGGUUGAUGUAUUUGAAUAAAAAAAUAAGAGGUUUUAGCCAGCAAGGAAAACUGCCAGCGUUAACUGGAUUGAGGUGCCUUCUAAAAUUGAUAAGGCAGCAAAUUUAGAGGUGUAAUAAAUAAAUGACCACAACGGUGCUUUGUCUCAGCCAGUUAAAACACUGUCUUAUGGGGUAAAUCUUGCUUUUACUCCUCUAGUAGACUGAUAAAUAAGUUGCAUACUUCCAGUUUAUAUUUCCACAAUCCCACUGAAGCCAGCAAAUUUCUCCACACCAUCCCAUGGCCUCAGUGGAUAAGUGUUGGUCCCUACUCUCAAUCUGGCCCAAAUGCCACCACUCUACUCCUGUAAAUCCAGUGCAAGUGUGCUGUCAGGGAGCCAGGCUGAGAACAUCAGGUGUGGCACAGGACUGGCUUAAACUUAGGCCCUUCUCUUAUAACCAGCAUAGAUACGAGUGGCUGAAGCCCCACAGCACAGCAAACUUAAUCCCACAUCCUGCCACAGCUUCUAACACAAGUAAGGACGUAGUGACAGCCGUGGGCAAUUUUAGUGAUGCAUAAAACUGGCUUUGGGUGGUAAACAAUUGGUUUUUAAAAUUGUUGCACAUUAAAAUGUU